CCCCGGCCCGUGCUCGAUAACUUUUUCUCGUCCUGCUUUCCCGUGAAACCUAGGGCCCUUGCGCCGCCGCCGCGGCGAAGCGCCGAAAUCUCUCCUCGUCAGAUCGUUCUUUCUCGCCGCGAUGUCGUCUAUGUCGAGGGUGAGUUCCGAUGCUUUCGUGGAUCUCGAGAAAGGCGCCACCGGGGCGAAGGCGAGUUCUGAUGCUUCCGUGGAUCUCGAGAAAGGCGCCACCGGGGUGAAGGCGGCGGCGACGGCGACAGAGGAGGAGGAGCAGCUGGCUGUGGUGGACCGUCCUGCGAUGGACCCUCGCCUGGCAAUGUGUAUCAAGGUUACGCUGGAUGUGUGGGCCGUGCUGUACGUGUUCUAUUACAUUGGCAUGACCACUUUCAUGGUGAGGCAUGACAAGUGGGAUUCAUGGCCGGCUGUUCUUAUCCAGUCGACAGUCUUGAUAUGGGCAAUCUGGAUGGCACCCAAGAUGAAGUAUGACACGAAGCCUACACGAGGAAGCGAUGGCAGCGAUCUUAGUACCGGACUAAUAGCAUAUAAGAAAUAAGCUAAUGAGUGAGUUGAAGUGAAUAAGGGGCACCGUUUAGUUAAUAUUUGAUAUGUGGUGCCCUGGUAGAGGUAUUGGACUGGUAGCAUGCAUGGUGCCUGCUUUUAAUCUAUAGCUGUUGAGCUUUGGUACAUCCUUUUGAUAAAUGGAGCAUGCACCAGAUGGAUGUGAAUUUCAUUUUGAGUGAAUACAACUUAUAUUGAGUGGGUAGCUUAAUGCCCCUGACCUCUAAAUGUUUAUUUCUUGUGUAAUAACUUAAUGCUCCUGACCUCUAAUUGGUGUAACUUAAUGCCCCUGACCUCUUGGUCCAGUGUUGUUCAUA